UCAAUUGUCUUUGAAAAAUUUUCAUUAUCUUUUCAUCAAGUUGCAUCAACACUAAAUCUGCAACUCACCACAAAGUCUUUUGUAUUUUUGGAAUAAAGAAAUGGAGCAGUUGGUUUACACGUUGCUUGAGUCUGAAGGAGAGAGCAGGUAGCAGCACAGCAUCACAGUCAUCAGGCCGGUUUGUUGAGGGCGGUAUUGUCACCAGUAACGGCCCUGAUUUCUAGGGCGCCUGCGCCAAGGAUUAACAACCCUCAUAAAGUAACCCUCUUGCAGCUGUUUGUCAUCAACAACACUGUAUUUCUACCAAAGAAAGUAACUAAUCGAUGAGGGGAAUAAUGUUUAUCCCUGGCAUUUUGUUGGAUGAUAAAUCAGGUGUGCUGCUUGGCCUGUCUACAAUGGGCCUGUUGAGAAUGCUACGAGAACCACCAGGAGGGCGUGAUGUUCAUCUUAUCAUGCUUUUCUCCAUUACCUUCGUCUUCGUUAACUUGGCAUUAGCUGAGGAUCAAUUAAUGGGACCCGUAUUUGUAAAGGAACCUCCAAAUCGUGUGGACUUUUCUAAUGGAACUGGAGCAGAAGUUGAAUGCCAAGCAAGAGGAAAUCCCCAACCGGACAUUAUUUGGGUUCGUGCUGAUGGAACUGCUGUUGGAGAUGUUCCUGGACUACGACAGGUGCUACCUAAUGGAAACUUAGUAUUCCCUCCAUUCCGAGCUGAAGAUUACCGUCAGGAAGUUCAUGCUCAAGUUUACAGUUGUCUUGCUACUUCUUCUGCUGGAUCCGUACAUAGUCGAGAUGUUAAUGUUCGAGCAGUUGUUGCACAAACUUAUCAGCCAGAAAUAAUGACGGAAUAUGUCAUUAGAGGAAACAGUGCUAUUCUGAAGUGUAGUAUACCGAGUUAUAUUGCGGAAUUUGUGAGCAUCGAGGCUUGGAUACGUGAAGAUGGGGAGGUUUAUCUUCCUGAGAAUCAGCAGGGUGUGAAUUCUGGGCAGGAUGGUAAAUACUUGGUCUUACCUUCUGGUGAAUUGCACAUUAGAGAUGUUGGACCUGAAGAUGGAUAUAAAACUUACCAAUGUCGUACAAAACAUAGACUCACUGGAGAAACAAGAUUAUCAGCUACCAAAGGAAGACUUGUCAUCACCGAACCUAUGUCAAGCACGAAGCCUAAAUUUUCUGGAGUAUCCGUGAGAACUCUCGAAGUGACCGUUCGUUCUGAUGAAGAAGUUGCUACGCUUAUCUGUCCUGCCCAGGGAUAUCCGGUCCCCACAUUUAGAUGGUAUAAGUUUAUUGAAGGAACAACUCGAAGGCAGCCAGUACAGUUGAAUGAACGAGUUCGUCAAGUUAGUGGAACUUUAAUCAUUCGAGAAGCUCGUGUUGAAGAUUCUGGAAAAUACCUUUGCAUUGUAAAUAAUUCCGUUGGUGGUGAGAGUGUUGAAACAGUUCUGACUGUAACCGCACCUCUGGGGGCUGAAAUAGAACCAAGAACUCAGACUGUUGACUUUGGUAGACCUGCUACUUUCACUUGCAAUGUACGAGGAAACCCUAUUAAAACAAUCUCAUGGUUAAAGGAUGGCAAACCUCUUGGACACGAAGACCCCGUACUCAAGAUUGAUAGCGUGAAGAAAGAAGAUAAGGGAAUGUAUCAAUGCUUCGUUCGAAAUGAUCAGGAAAGUGCUCAAGCAACUGCUGAAUUAAAACUAGGAGGAAGAUUUGAACCACCACAAAUUAAACAAGCUUUUGCUGAAGAAACACUACAACCUGGACCAAGUAUGUUUUUGCAAUGUGUGGCUAGUGGAAAUCCAACUCCUGAAAUCACAUGGGAACUUGAUGGCAAACGACUCUCAAAUACUGAAAGACUACAAGUUGGACAAUAUGUUAGUGUUCAUGGCGAUGUUGUUUCACAUUUAAAUAUUUCUAGCAUUCAUACUAAUGAUGGAGGACUCUACAAAUGUAUCGCAGCUUCUAAGGUGGGAUCAGCUGAGCAUUCAGCACGUCUCAAUGUUUAUGGACUCCCUUUCAUCCGUCACAUGGACAAAAAAGCAAUCGUAGCAGGAGAAACCCUUCGUGUCACAUGUCCAGUUGCUGGCUAUCCGAUUGAAAGCAUCGUUUGGGAACGAGACACACGUGUUCUACCAAUCAACAGGAAACAAAAAGUAUUCCCCAACGGAACUCUUAUUAUUGAGAAUGUAGAGAGACAUAGUGAUCAAGCAACUUACACAUGCGUUGCACGCAAUGCUCAAGGAUACAGUGCAAGAGGAACACUUGAAGUUCAAGUUAUGGUCACGCCACAAAUAGCUCCAUUUUCAAUGAGUGAUGGUCCAGCAAACUGGGGUGAUAUGAUAUCGGCAACUUGUUCCAUCGUAAAAGGAGACUUUCCAGUGGAAAUUCAGUGGCGUCAUAAUGGCAAUCCAAUAGAUGCAAAUAAUCCUGAUAUCGCGAUAACGAGAAUCAAUAAGCAUAUGAGUGCUAUCAGCAUAGAAUCAGUCGCGGCAAGACAUGCGGGUGAAUACACUUGUAGUGCUACCAACCGAGCAGGCAACGUCAGUCAUUCGACAACUUUAGCGGUUAAUGUGCCACCACGUUGGAUUCUUGAACCGACUGAUAAAGCAUUUGCUCAAGGCUCAGACGCUCGAGUUGAAUGUAAAGCCGACGGAUUUCCUAAGCCUCAAGUCACAUGGAAGAGGGCUGCUGGAGAUACACCCGGCGACUAUACUGACUUAAAGCUCAAUAAUCCUGACAUCAAUGUAGAAGAUGGAACUUUAUCGAUUAAUAACAUUCAGAAAACCAAUGAAGGUUACUAUCUCUGCGAAGCCGUCAAUGGAAUCGGUUCCGGAUUGUCAGCUGUCAUUCUGAUCUCAGUUCAAGCACCCCCACACUUUGAUAUCAAGUUACGUAACCAAACUGCUCGACGAGGUGAACCAGCUGUAUUGCAAUGUGAAGCACAAGGAGAAAAGCCUAUUGGUAUUGUCUGGAACAUGAAUAACAAGAGAUUAGAUCCUAAAAGUGAUUCUCGUUACACAAUCCGUGAAGAAAUUCUUGCCAAUGGUGUCUUGGCUGAUUUAAGUAUCAAACGAACUGAGAGAAGCGAUUCGGCAUUAUUUACAUGUGUUGCUACAAAUGCAUUUGGAAGUGAUGACACUAGUAUUAACAUGAUUGUUCAAGAGGUUCCUGAGGUGCCAUAUGGUUUGAAAGUGUUGGAUAAAUCUGGACGAACAGUACAACUCUCUUGGGCAGCUCCAUAUGACGGAAAUAGUCCAAUCAAACGAUACCUUAUUGAAUAUAAAAUGAGCAAAGGAUCCUGGGAAGCUGAUAUUGAUCGAGUUAUUGUUCCUGCUACUCAACAAAAUGUUGCUGGUGUAUUUAAUCUAAGACCUGCUACUACUUAUCACUUACGUAUUGUAGCUGAGAAUGAAAUUGGUACUUCUGAUCCAUCUGAUACCGUCACCAUUAUUACUGCUGAAGAAGCUCCCUCAGGUCCACCAAGCUCUGUUCGUGUUGAUGCUCUUGACCAACAUACCCUCAAAGUAACAUGGAAACCACCCCCACGUGAAGAUUGGAAUGGAGAAAUCCUUGGAUACUAUGUUGGCUACAGACUCUCUUCAUCUGACAAACCUUACAUGUUUGAAACGGUCGAAUUCUCAAAAGAAGAUGGAAAGGAACAUCAUUUACAAAUUAUGAAUCUAAAAACCUAUACUCAAUACAGCGUAGUUGUUCAAGCAUUCAAUAAAGUAGGAUCUGGACCAAUGAGUGAAGAGCGUAGGCAACAUACUGCUGAAGGAGUUCCUGAACAACCACCACAUGACACUACUUGCACUACAUUGACGUCAGAUUCUAUUAGAGUUUCUUGGGUAUCACCACCAUUGACUGCUGCUAAUGGAGUUAUUACUGGAUACAAAGUUAUUUAUGGACCUUCUGAAACUUGGUAUGACGAAAACACAAAGGAUACCAAAAUUACAUCAUCAAGCGAAACUAUUUUACCACAAUUGAAAAAAUAUACCAACUACAGUAUGCAAGUUCUGGCAUAUACUUCUGGUGGUGAUGGCGUGAAAUCUGCACCUAUUCAUUGUCAAACUGAGCAAGAUGCCCCUGAAGCUCCAGUUGCUAUUAAAGCCCUUGUCAUGUCCCCUGAAUCUAUUCUUGUUUCUUGGAGACCACCAACUCAACCUAAUGGAGUUAUUUCUCAAUACACUGUUUAUACUAAAGCCGAUAAUGUUGAUGAACCUUUGAGUGCAAAAGUCCCACCAAAUCAAUUGACUUAUGAGGCUUCUGGAUUAGAUAAACAACGCCGAUACGAAUUUUGGGUUACUGCCAGCACAAACAUUGGAGAGGGACAAGCUUCCAAAAUUGUAACUCUAUCUCCAAAUAUUCGAGUUCCAGCAAAAAUUGCUUCAUUUGAUGACAAGUUUACUGCAACAUACAAAGAAGAUGUCAAAUUACCUUGCCUUGCUGUUGGUGUACCCGCUCCAGAAGUUACAUGGAAAGUACGCGAUGCUACUCUUCAACCCAGUGACAGACUUAAACAAUUGCCAGAAGGAUCAUUAUUCAUCAAAGAAGUAGAUCGUGCUGACUCCGGCGAAUAUUCUUGUUAUGUUGAAAACUCAUUUGGUCAUGAUACAGUUACUCACCAAUUGAUUGUUCAUGCUCCACCACACUCUCCCCAAGUCACUCUAACUGCUACAACGACCAAUUCCUUGACAAUGAAAUUACGUCCACAUCCAACAGACAACGCACCAAUUCAUGGCUAUACAAUUCACUACAAACCUGAGUUUGGAGAUUGGGAAACAGUUCAAAUAAGCUCUACUGCACAGAAAUAUACUCUUGAGAAUUUGUGGUGUGGUUCAAGAUAUCAAAUCUAUGUCACUGCUUACAAUGGAAUUGGAACUGGAGAUCCAUCAGACAUCCUUAAUACUCGUACUAAAGGAUCUAAACCAAUUAUCCCUGAAGCAUCACGAUUCAUUGAAGUAUCGACAAACAGCAUCACUUUGCAUUUGAACGCUUGGUCUGAUGGUGGCUGUCCUAUGCUAUACUUUGUCGUCGAACAUAAAAAGAAGCAUCAACAAGAAUGGAAUCAAGUCUCAAAUAAUGUUAAACCUGGUGGAAAUUUCGUAGUUCUUGAUCUCGACCCAGCAAACUGGUAUCAUUUAAGAGUAACAGCACACAACAAUGCUGGAUUUGCCGUUGCUGAAUAUGAAUUCGCCACUUUGACAGUAACAGGCGGUACAAUUGCACCUCCAGUUCGUAAUAAUGGCAACGAAAAUGCUGACGUGAGACGGUACUUCCCCUGGCUUCCGGCUUGGUUGGACAUAAAUGUUGUGGUACCAGUCGGAGCUACGGUGGUUGUUAUUAUCGUCGGUAUCGUCGUUAUUUGUGUUGCUCUAUCAAGAAGAACGCGAGGUCCUGAACAAACGCGGCUUCGAGGUAUCCCAUCAGCCGACGAGAAAUAUUAUGAAGGCCAAUAUGAUGUUGUCUAUCAACAAACUGGUGUAGUAAGCGCGACUUUGGAUAAACGCAGACCUGAUCUUAGAGAUGAACUUGGAUAUAUCGCUCCACCAAACCGUAAAUUACCUCCAGUGCCCGGAUCAAAUUAUAAUACUUGUGAUCGUAUCAAGCGAGGUACAGUGAUAAGUGGAUCAGGUUCAUUUAGAAGUCAUUCAACGUGGGAUCCAAGAAGACACAUGUACGAGGAGUUGUCACACUGUGCACCUAACAGAAGGUGUCCACCACCACCACGUAUGGGCAGUACCGACGCAUUAUCGCACAGAGGCAUGGAAGAUGAAAUUUGUCCAUACGCAACAUUCCAUUUACUUGGCUUCCGUGAAGAAAUGGAUCCCAGCAAAGCUAUGCAAUUCCAAACAUUCCCACAUCCCGCAAAUGGACAUUCUGGAACUAUGGGACCACCAGCUGGACAUCCUGCCAAUGCUGCUCACAGUCGCUCUGGAUCUCAAUCUAUGCCACGACAAAACGGACGAUACUCAAGAGUACCUUCUCAAGGCGGACAAACCGUAUUUUCACCAGAAUAUGAUGAUCCUGCAAACUGUGCUCCUGAAGAAGACCAAUACGGAUCUCAGUAUGGACAAUAUGGUGCUCCUUAUGAUCAUUAUGGAUCUCGUGGUUCAGUAGGACGUCGUAGUGUUGGUUCCGCCCGUAAUCUUCCAAUUUCAAACUCACCUGAACCUCCACCACCACCACCAAGGAAUCAUGAUCAAAAUAACUCUAGUUUCAACGACAGCAAAGAAAGCAAUGAAAUUAGUGAAGCAGAAUGUGAUCGUGAUCAACUACAAAUGAACCGUAACUAUGGAGUUAAUGCUCGUGGCAAGGAUGGUAUGACCACCGAGGAGAUGCGCAAACUUAUCGAGAGGAAUUCAAACGAAGCCACCAGUCGGCAAACCGGCUCCCCCCACGGGAGUCACGGGGGACUCCUCACACCCUACGAUACUGUGGCAGUGUAAUCUGUAAAUCAUCAACAACCAACCGACAUGUCAUUAUUUUUUAAUCAUCUUUAAUUAAUUUUGUUAUCAAUAAUUCUCGUCGCCAAUAAUGUAGAAUGAUGUCGGAAAGCAAGAAAUUGCAUUACAAUAUUUACCCCAGUGCUGAUAGGCGUUGGUCCAAUUGCAACGAUUUACUAUUUAAAUCAUACCUUUGCAUCUCUGAUAGAUAGGUUCGAUUAUGAUGUAAGAAUUUAUGUAUUCUUAUAUAGCAACAUUGGUGAUUGGUAUGAUCUAAAGUCGAACAUGAUCACGAGUUUAAAUUUGUAAAAAAUUUUGAGCUUGUUGCUUUUAGCAUGACAUGGAUCAUUUUGGCGGACGGGAAAUGUAGGAAAGUCAACAUAGAAAAAUAAUUGAUAACAAUUAGACUCGUGGUCAUGUUCAACUUGGAUCGCCGGAGUUUUAGCGAGAAGGCAUAGCCAUUGUCUUCCGAAUGAAAAGAAAUGAAAGCUCGAUAAACGUUGACCGAUAUGCGAGUCGUUGAAACGAAAAAUUCGGAAUUCAUGGCUGUGAUAUUUUCGAAAAUCCUACGUUAGGUUUAGAGUUACAAAAUGCAGAAUACAGACAUUACAGUGAUUAGUUGCUCUUUUAUUAAGUCAUGGUUGUGCCACACUGCCGCUUCAUGAAGGCAAAGAGGAUUUAUGUUUUUUUUUCGUAACGAAGGUUGUGUCCCCUGAGAACGGAUAAAGACGACUUUUAGAGUCGUUUACUUGAGAAUUCACUAAAAUUCAAUCUGGGCGCCCAUUAUUAUUAUUAAUAUGAAUAAUAAAUUAAACACAAUUUUAGAUAAACGUAGUAAAAAACAAAUAAAUUUAAUCGUCGUCUCAUUGCACAUGUGAUGUUCUUCCGUUGCAUUAAAAAAGCUGUGCUUCAAUGCCAUUAAAAGUUAAAAAUAAAAUUAAAAACUACUUAAUUUGUAUUUCGGAUGGAUCUGACACUGUAUUUAUAUUCUAAUAUGCUAAUGAGAAUUACUAAUAUUGAUAUUUCGAAUAAAACAUAGGGACGGCGAUGCUUAAAGGGCGUAAGUGAUUGAAAUAAUCGUUUUAAUAUUAUCUAUGAUUAAACAUAGACGGAUGUAGAGUUCAAUCAUGAGGACGACUGGUCGCGAGAAAGUACUAUUUUACUAAAGCGCAGUACGGCUUUAAAAAUUCGACAAAUUCAAUGAAAAAAAAAAUGAUUACAAAAUUUAUGUUAAAAGUCGUGCAGAGAUUAAGUACAAUAGUACGAAUCUCAUAGUUCAUUUUCAUUAUCAGAUACUCGUUUUAGAAUAUGUAAUAAAACAUAACGUAGAUUAGAUCGCAUUUAUUUUGUUGCUAAAGAAAAAAAAUGGGUCGGUUAAAUAAUUAACCGUUUGUGCGAUGUUGAUGACCCGAAUGAAUAGGAAUGAGGAGAAAUAUUUUUUAUUAUAUUCAUUAAUAUUUUCUAAAUGUCAAAUGAUUAUGAAAUAAUACUAUUUUUCAUAAUUAAAACUACAUGCAAAUUUGUAUAAUCGAUCAGCAUUGAAAACUAUAAAAUAAAUAAUUAAAUCGUUGCUAAAGUAUCUUUAAGUAAUGAUAAGCAAUAAAUUUUCAUAAAAGUCUUGUAUUUAUUUUAGAUGUAUAUUUUUAGUAUUAAUUAAAUUUAUCAAAAAAGAUCAUGAAACAAUAGACAGUGACGAUAAUUAGCCAUGAAUUAAAAUCAAUGAAAAUGAUAUUAAAAAAUUUCACUGAGGCAUUGAGAUGAUUUUAGCGACGACUUAAUUAUUAAUAAAAAAA